UUGCUAUUUGUGUUAUUUACUACCAUUCUAUUUAUUCAAACGCUUACACAUACAUGCACGCAUACUGAAAACCGAAGACCCAUCAUUUCUUCCUUUCCACGUUUCUGUGGUACAAUCCGUUAUUAUGAAUUAGGCGGCUUAAUAAAGAUUAAUUUCAGAUUAAUACAUAUUGUAUACUGUAAAACGCAUCUGACAUAAGAAGUUAAAUUGCAGUCGCUCCAGCUCUAUAGUAUGUCGUUUGGAAUGUAUUACGAAAACUACCGAUCUACUUUCCACCUAGCAUUUCCCGCGCCAUUAUUGAAAUUUCUUAGUCAUCGUUUUAAUGAAAGAAAAAAGGAAACAAUUGCGUAAAUGUCCAAAAUGCUGAAAUUGUCGAAAAAAUCGCAUACGCAAGGAUUUUUCAAAUCCCACUCAUCGACCCACGCCGCCCGCUCUUUUCUCUUUAGCUUUGGUAAUCUGUAAUCCAGUGGGCAGCGCGAGAACAGGAAUCUGCCUCUGUGUUUACUGCCGUGCUGUGUGAGGACAUAAAUCUUCUUGUUUGACCGAGAAAAUACACAAGCUGAUGCUGGUAAUUCAUUCGUAUGCAGAAGUGUUUGAUCCAUAACCUCCCGUCCUCAGCUCGCUGCUCACUUUUUUCUUCCUGCUGCUUUAGUGGUCCUGGAGUUUUAUAACCCUUUUCUGUGUAGCAAAAAAGCAUCCUUAGCUUUUAUUGCCGAUUGUCAUUGGCUAAGGUUUUAUUGCCAAUUAUUUUUUAAAUGGAUGAGAUUUAUUGAAAUGUUGCAGUAUUAUUCUUAGAAUAGACAUGUUGUGUUGUUUUUGUUGUUGCUGCUGAGAUUAAUAAUCUCCUAAAAUAUAUGUAAUUAAUAAAAUGAAUUCAGUAAUUUCAAGACAGUUGUAUCUGUAUUUCAGUUUUGAAUUGUUUAAUCAAGCUUAUAUUUGUUUGUCACAUAACUUCUAACAAAUACUCUAGUUCUAAGCGCAAUAUCCAAGUUAUAGAUUUUUAUAAAAUUUUUUGUAUAUGACUGUGUUCACAUGGGAGUCUAACUGCAUUCUGUGCUUGAGAAGGCGCCUCAUUUGCAUAAUUUUUCUUGUCUAUGGUGACGUUCUGUUUCGAGGGAGUUCACUGGUGUGCAUGAGUAUGUGUUAACGUACUAGUUUGUGCACGUUAGUGAUACACGAAAGACUCACUAGAGCGCAGCCCAUGGUGGCAUUUAGUAUAGGUCCGAGAACACAGGCGAUCAUUUAGUAUGUAUUAUGUAGGCCAAUGCAUGAAGGUGCUUAAUCUUGACGACCAGGGAGCACGAGACAACUUUCGUUCAAUCUGUUACACUGAUCUGCGUUGAAAAAGAAAAAGACAGAAGGAAGGGAUUUAAGUCCUUGAGCGCAACUGAGUCUUUGCUUUACUGCAGAUACGUCCCAUGACUCCUGCAAGUGCAGCUCUGGCUUUGUUGUCUUUCCGAUUUAGCUUUACCCUGGACCGCUGUUUGAUCGAUUUCUGCCGCUGAAUGAGAGAAGCUCGCGGCGUGCUGCGCGCUGCUCGUCAGAGAGAAAGGUUCACCCGUAGAGCCCAUUGGCGAAGAGGUGUCACGUGACUACGUCGAGCCAAUGUUCUUCUACGAAGGUGUCAGGACCUUGUCAGAAAGUGAAAUAAACAUUGGGAAACGGCGAGAUGCAAAAAGCGACCUAUUGCGACGGCUCGGCAAUUUACAGUGGCUUCCCCUAUCAAAGCACAAAUGGUUUAGGUUAUGAUGCCAAUCAGGAGCAAUAUCUCCAGGCCCUUCAUGUGGAAAGUGAGUACCAUCGACCGGCAUGCUCUCUGCAGUCCCCUGGUGGUUCUGCAGCUCUGCACAAACCCAGUGAAAUUUCAGAGGGCUGCCAACGGAGUAACGGCACACAAGCCCCAGUACCAGAUAUCCCAGGCAACAACCAGCCCCCUACUGCUCCUUCUGGGCCAUCUUCCCCCAGUGCCCUGAACCAAAAUCCGAGCAAUGACACCAUCGCCAAGAACCCAGGAGACGCUUCUCCACCGCCAACCACAAGGAAACAAAUUUUUCCGUGGAUGAAGGAAUCUCGUCAGAACACAAAGCAGAAAUCUUGUAGUACCAUAUCAGUAGAGAGCUGCGCUGGAGACAAGAGUCCCCCCGGUUCUGCCGCCUCCAAGCGUGCUCGUACUGCAUACACUUCUGCUCAACUCGUAGAGCUGGAGAAAGAAUUCCACUUCAAUCGUUACCUCUGCCGCCCGCGACGAGUGGAAAUGGCAAAUCUGCUCAACUUGACGGAAAGGCAGAUUAAAAUAUGGUUCCAGAAUCGCAGGAUGAAGUACAAAAAGGACCAGAAGGGGCUAGGAAUGAUGCCCUCUCCUGGAGCACAGUCUCCUCACAGUCCCGUUGCUCUGUCAUCCGGUGGCGGAGGAGGGGGUGGGAGUGCAUAUUUAAGUUCAAUGCAUUCUCUGGUUAACAGCAUGCCCUACGACUCACCCUCUCCAGCAUCCUAUAACAAACCCCAGCCUAAUGCGUACAGCCUUCCUACGUCAUACCCACCUCCUCUGAAUAACUGCCCGCCUCCCCAGAAGAGGUAUCCAGGGACUGGCACAGCCACGCCGGAAUAUGACACGCAUCACCUUCAAGGCAACAACAAUUACGGGACACAAGUGCAGGGUAGCCCGGUUUAUGUCAGUGGUGGUGGAGGCUACUCGGAUUCUUUGGUGGGGAUGGGGCCCUCGGUAUUUGGCCUGACACAUCUACCGCAUCCACCUCAAGGCAAUAUAGACUACAACGGCGCUAUCACCAUGGGAAACAGCCAUCAUCAAGGAACGUGCGAACCAAACCCAUGCACAUUCACAGAACUUACACCGCACUAUUCUCAGGAAAGAAUUCAGGAAGCGCCCAAACUGACGCAUCUAUAGUGCCGAUACCAUGUAUUUCUCUCCCAGUCUGCACACAUUUGAGCUCCGUCUGACUGAGUUUUCAGCCACCUACAGCUGCGUAUGUUUGGUUCAUAUAGCCUAGUUUUCCUGACAUAGCCUCAGGUGAAAUUACCUUGUUGUUGGUUUCACUCAAUACAUAAAAUGGAAAUUAAAGUUCCUCAAAGCUCAAAUGUCAUGGCAUCAUGGGAAUAUGUAGGCCUAUUUAAAUUAAGGAAAUCUGAAACAGGGUUUUUUAAAGUGUAUUUUAAAGUCUUCAAAAUUCCCCUCAGUCCAGGAUUUAUUUUCUGUUUUGCAUUUUGCACUUAAGGAAGGAUGCAUAUGAACACGAUUUCUUAUCUAACAGUCUUAUACAGUGUGAGCUCAUGAUUUGUAGGUCUUUCAAAUGUAUUUAUUUGUUUCCAUGGACAGUAGAUUGUGUUAUUUAGCCCAAAUCCUUCAGAUACUGAGUAAAGGGAAACCGGAUCCCGGGAUUCUCCCAGUCAUGUCAGUGCUGAAACAAGUGCUAACAGGCAAGACUGUUUAUCAAAGGUCAAUGUGUUCCAAUAAUAAUCAAUGUAUGCGAAUGUUAAUCAUGUGUUGCUUAGAGUCGAAAGAGACUGCGAUCAGAUACUCAAACUUUUAUUUGCUCUAAUUUUUUUUUUUUAUGUCAUACAUUCCAUGCUGCUCCACUUCUGAAGAAAUAAAAUACAUUAAUUGA